AGAAUCAAGUAAAAUAAGCUAAAACAAAUAAAUGAGUAAUGGAUGGGAGCUGAUAGCUUUGAAUUAGGAUUUUAAAAUCUUCCGAUUCUCGUUCAUUUAUUCGUCAAUAACAGAAAACGGAAAUUGUCGGAAAAAAUUACGGACGAUCCCGGAGUAGACCGGAAUAAUCGGAUACAUUCGCUACUACAGUACAAAAUGGAGUCGAGCAGCAGCACUAGUUCACCAGCUUCUUCAGUAAUGGGGCAAGAAUCGGCUGAUUCUGAAAGUGCAGGGAUAAGAGGCAGGGGUGGAAGAGGGAGAAGGACUAGAGGAAGGGGAGGUCGUGCAGGAAGUCGAGUUGUGGAAGGAGACCAAGGUGGAUCAAGUGCUGGAAGAGGUAGAGGACGGGGAAGAGGACGAGGGAGAGGACGAGGGAGAGGACGUGGAAGAUUGGGCACUGGUCAGCCGGUGCAUAGAAAAACCGGAAAGCACCGGAUAGCACCGAAAAACCGGAAAGCACUCAAAUUUCUCAUAAAAACAUAUGAAAACGUUAAUUAAUCGGCUUGAAAGUGUUACCAAUCGAUUUAUUAGAUCAAAAUCUUACAGACAAGUCAUUUUUUUAAAAAUAUAUUGAUAAUUAUUACGAGUAUUUAGGAAAAUAGAUAUAUCGAGUGCUUUCCGGUCCUGUUAAGAUACAUGUACAUAACCGGAUAGCAUUAUUGUUUAUCGAAGUUAUACAUGAAAACUUUAUUUUAUUGGUUUGAAAGUGUUACCAAUCGAUUUAUUAGAUCAAAAUCUUUUAGACAACACGUUUUUGUAAUUGUAUUAUGAUUAUUAUUACGAUUAUUUAGGAAAAAAGAUAUAUCGAGUGUUUUCCGGUCCUGCUAAGGUACAUGUACUUAACCGAAUAGCAAUAUAGUUUAUCAAAGUAAUACAUGAGAACUUUAUUUUAUUGGUUUGAAAGUGUUACCAAUAGAUUUAUUAGAUCAAAAUCUUUCAGAUAACAUGUUUUUAUAAAUAUAUAUUGAUAAUUAUUACGAGUAUUUAGGAAAACUGAUAUAUCGAGUGCUUUCCGGUCCUGCUAAGAUACAUGUACAUUACCGAAUAGCAAUAUUGUUUAUCCAAGUAAUACAUGAAAACUUUAUUUUAUUGGUUUGAAAGUGUUUUCAAUCUAUUUAGUAGUUGAAGCUCUGUAUAUCAUGACGUUUUUAUAAUUAUUUUAUGUUUCAUUACGCGAUUUUCAAAGUUGCUACAAAGUUGUAUUGAUUGCUUUCCGGUAAUGCUAAAGUACAUCUACUUUACCGAAUAGCACUCGAAUAUUUAUAUA